AUGGUCCACCUUGGGCAGCUGGUAUUAUCACUCCUGCCGCUGGUCUUCUGGUCCGACCAGCAGAAUCCUAUUACGAACCCGCUUGACACGUCACGAUUGCAUAACGGGUUCGCAAGACCAGUGGAUGUCACAACAACGAAAUCCAUAGCUAUCGUGGGUUCGGGCAGCGGAGGACUCGCUGCACUCAAGACAAUUCUUGACUUGCCGCUAGAGACGCGCGCCGGUUGGGAGGUCAUCUUGUACGAGCAACGGCGGGACGUUGGCGGCGUUUGGCUCCCAGAUCCCCCAGGGCCUCUCCCGACGCUGCCGGACCUACCUGAGAGCCCGCUCUAUCCACGUCUGCGCACGAAUACACCACACCCUACGAUGACAUACCCAAACUUCACGUUCCCACCGGGCACCUCGCUGUUCCCACAGUGGGAUGCGCUGCAGCAGUACCAUGCUGAUUAUGCAGCGCAUUAUGGGUUGAAUGAGUAUAUUCGCUUGAACCAUACCGUUGUCUCUGCGCAAUGGCAUGGGCACGAUGAGGACGGCGACUGGCAUAUCGAAGUCCACGCUCAUGGUGGGGAUGACGGGCGCGAAGUCGUCCUGAAGCGUACAUUUGAUCAUCUCGUCGUUGCGACCGGCCACAAUCAUUAUCCCAAUAUCCCGACGUGGAACGGCACGGUGGCCUGGUUGGCUGGUACUCGUCCGGGGCGACCCGCGCGGCAGAUCGAACAUUCAAUAUAUUACCGCAACCCUGAGGCGUAUGCAAAUCAAAGCGUCGUGAUCGUCGGUGCAGGUGCUAGUGCCCGAGAUAUUGCAAUCCAAGUCAGUCCUGUAGCCAGGGUGGCAUACCAAUCUUUGAGCAACGGCAGCUCACCCGCUCCAGGUGCAACAGUCGUUCCCAAGCCACGCAUUUCUCACUUUACGCACGAUGCUAUCAUUUUUGAGGACGGGUCCGUCUUGAGAGACGUCGAUGCGGUCCUCCUAGGCACAGGCUACGAAUUUCGCGUGCCCUUCCUUUGCUCGCCCCACGCCUCCACGAUGGACACCGAUCCAUACACACAUUCGACCUCACCCACUGCUGGGAAACUUACCAGCAAUCUGCGGUACAUCUUCCCGCUACACCGACACAUAUUCAGCAUUGUGCCGAACUUCCCGCCUACUGCGCUUGCUUUCGUCGGGCUGCCUGUACUCAUCGCGAAUGCGCCGUCUGAUGCUGCACAAGGCAUGUUUGUUGCCCAUGCUAUUGCUAACGCAUCGCUCCUUCCAUCGCAGGACGAGAUGAUGCAGGAGCUCCUUGAACAUGAGGCCAUUCUGCGCGCACGAGGUUACGACCCGUAUCGUGUUGGGCACCGCCUACUCGGCGGCGACACAGAAGCGCAGGAUUAUCAAGAUCAGCUAGUCGAGUACUUGAAAAAGCACGGUGUUUUACCAGAUGACGGGAAGAAAUACGUCGAGGACUGGCGCCGGUUUGCGCGCCUCGACUCACAAUUGCUUGCGCGGGCGUGGAAGAGGGUGGAGCAGCUCCGUGAGGAGGCGUACUGGUUGGCGGGCGUGGCGACAGAGGCUGAAUGGGCAGACCUGAUGUAUCGUUUGGCGGACUGGCAGAGGGACUGGGAGGAGGAGCAUGGGCAGGUUGCAUUUGCUGGGGCGUUCCAAGCUGAGUAG